AACACAACCCUCACUCUCUUUCUCUCCCUCUGGUAUGUAUGCUGCUGGUUGGAGCCCCCCAGGUAGAAACUGCUGCAGAAAUCCUUUAGUGCUCCUUCCUCAGGAAGACUGAUGGCUUCCGGACCACAGCUCAGUUUUUAAGCUGGAUGACCUUCUGAUGGGUUUUAAACUUCGAAUUGGAUGUGGACAUUUUUCUUUCCGAUGACAGAAUCACUGGAACUUCCCCUUUGCAGUUGCUUCCUUUCCUUAAAGGUAGCUGAAUCUUGCUGUCUUUAAAAACCUUUUCUUUCCAAAUUUGCCUGCCAUGCCGACUGUCAUUAGCGCCUCUGUGGCCCCACGGACAGGGGCUGAGCCCAGGUCCCCAGGGCCCAUCGCUCAGGCAGCCCAGGGCAAGGGCACCGAGGCAGGGGGUGGAAACCCAAGUGGCAUCUACUCAGCCAUCAUCAGCCGCAAUUUUCCCAUUAUUGGGGUGAAAGAGAAGACAUUCGAGCACCUCCACAGGAAAUGUCUGGAAAAGAAGGUUCUUUUUGUGGAUCCUGAGUUCCCACCGGAUGAGACCUCCCUGUUUUACAGCCAGAAGUUCCCCAUCCAGUUCAUCUGGAAGAGACCUCCGGAAAUUUGUGAGAAUCCCCGAUUUAUCAUUGGUGGAGCCAAUAGAACUGACAUCUGCCAAGGAGAUCUAGGGGACUGCUGGUUUCUUGCAGCCAUCGCUUGCCUGACCUUGAACGAGCGUCUGCUUUUCCGGGUCAUACCCCAUGAUCAGAGUUUCACCGAAAACUACGCGGGGAUUUUUCACUUCCAGUUCUGGCGCUAUGGAGACUGGGUGGACGUGGUUAUUGAUGACUGCCUGCCAACUUACAACAAUCAACUGGUUUUCACCAAAUCCAACCAUCGCAAUGAGUUCUGGAGUGCUCUGCUGGAGAAGGCUUAUGCUAAGCUCCAUGGUUCGUAUGAAGCCCUGAAAGGUGGGAACACUACAGAGGCCAUGGAGGACUUCACGGGAGGAGUGACAGAGUUUUUUGAAAUCAAGGAUGCUCCCAGAGACAUGUACAAGAUCAUGAAGAAAGCCAUCGAGAGGGGUUCCCUCAUGGGCUGCUCCAUUGAUGAUGGCACAAACAUGACCUAUGGAACCUCUCCUUCUGGGCUGAAAAUGGGGGAGUUGAUUGAACGGAUGGUGAGGAAUAUGGAUAACUCGCGGCUCAGGGACUCAGACCUCAUCCCUGAGGGAUGCUCAGAUGUCAGACCAACUCGGACGAUUGUUCCAGUUCAGUAUGAGACAAGAAUGGCCUGUGGGCUGGUCAAAGGCCAUGCCUACUCAGUCACUGGGCUGGAGGAGGCCCUGUACAAGGGUGAGAAAGUGAAGCUGGUGCGGCUGCGGAACCCCUGGGGCCAGGUGGAGUGGAAUGGCUCCUGGAGUGACAGCUGGAAGGACUGGAGCUAUGUGGAUAAGGACGAGAAGGCCCGUUUGCAGCACCAGGUCACUGAGGAUGGAGAGUUCUGGAUGUCCUACGAUGAUUUUAUCUACCAUUUCACAAAGCUGGAGAUCUGCAACCUCACAGCUGAUGCCCUGGAGUCCGACAAGCUUCAGACUUGGACAGUGUCCGUGAACGAGGGCCGCUGGGUGAGGGGCUGCUCUGCCGGAGGCUGCCGCAACUUCCCAGACACUUUCUGGACCAACCCACAGUACCGUCUGAAGCUCCUAGAGGAGGACGACGACCCCGAUGAUUCCGAGGUGAUCUGUAGUUUCCUCGUGGCUCUGAUGCAGAAGAACCGGAGGAAGGACCGGAAGCUGGGGGCUAACCUCUUCACCAUCGGUUUCGCCAUCUACGAGGUUCCCAAAGAGAUGCACGGCAACAAGCAGCACCUGCAGAAGGACUUCUUCCUGUACAACGCCUCCAAGGCUAGGAGCAGAACCUAUAUCAACAUGCGCGAGGUGUCUGAGCGCUUCCGCCUGCCUCCCAGCGAGUACGUCAUUGUGCCCUCCACUUACGAACCCCACCAGGAGGGCGAGUUCAUCCUCCGGGUCUUCUCAGAAAAGAGGAACCUCUCUGAGGAAGUUGAGAAUACAAUCUCCGUGGAUCGGCCAGUGAAAAAGAAAAAACCCAAGCCCAUCAUCUUUGUUUCAGACAGAGCAAACAGCAACAAGGAGCUGGGUGUGGACCAGGAAUCAGAGGAGGGCAAAGACAACACAAGCCCUGAUAAGCAAGCGAAAUCCCCACAGCUAGAGCCCGGCAACACUGACCAGGAAAGUGAGGAACAGCGGCAAUUCCGGAAUAUUUUCAGGCAGAUAGCAGGCGAUGACAUGGAGAUCUGUGCAGAUGAGCUCAAGAAUGUCCUUAACAGAGUUGUGAACAAACGUGAGCAGCUUAAUUCUGCAGGGGCAGCCCCCACAGAAGAUCUGCUCCCAAGCCAGGAGGAUUUUGCUAUGUGCCCUGUAGCCCUGACCUCCUUCCUUCAGACAGAUGGCUCUGGGAGACUGAACCUGCAAGAGUUUCAUCACCUCUGGAAGAAGAUUAAGACGUGGCAGAAAAUUUUCAAACACUAUGACACAGACCAAUCCGGCACCAUAAAUAGUUAUGAGAUGCGCAAUGCAGUCAAUGAUGCAGGCUUCCACCUCAACAACCAGCUCUACGAUAUCAUUACCAUGCGCUAUGCAGACAAGUACAUGAACAUCGACUUCGACAGUUUCAUCUGCUGCUUUGUCAGGCUGGAGGGCAUGUUCAGAGCUUUCAAUGCAUUUGACAAGGAUGGGGACGGUAUCAUCAAACUCAACGUUCUCGAGUGGCUGCAGCUCACCAUGUAUGCCUGAACCAAGCUGGCCACAUCCAAGGCAUGGAGGAUCACUCAGGAUUUCAAUUUCACCCAACAGAGCUAAAGUAACUUACCUCAAAGGACACAGUUGCUGCACCCCCAGGAAGCCUCCAGGCACCUCAUCAGUCUAGUUCCUCCUCUACUUACUUCCCGCCUAGCCUUAGGGCAUCUGUCCAUUUGUCAGGCCCAGCCUGACCCUUCAGUUAAGGAAUGGGGAAGGGAGAGCUGUGUUGUCCCUGUGCCACACGGAGCCAGGUGCGUCUGUCUGCUUCGGCUAGCCACACGCCAGUGAGAGCUUUGCUUGGAGUCUGAUGGCCUCAGCUCUGAAGACAAGUACUCUCCUUAGAUGCUCGCAGCUGUUUGCAGAAGCAUUUGCCAAUGGCACUCAGUACUUCCUGGUGCUAGACCCCUCCCCCCCGCAUCCACCCCCCUCCCCUUCAUCUCUGUGUUCUCCCACCCAUGGGACAGCAACCCAAUGAGCACUUGGUUCUGCCUGAUUGUUUCAGGACAGGGCUGCUCUGGAGUAAACUAGUUCAGUGAAAAGAGGUUUGGACAUUUUGGGUUAUCUGACUCAUAAGUUAGGUUGCAUUCUGAAAAAAGUUCAUCUAAAUAAAGGCAUAUGUUUUGCUGGUU